UCGCAGUUUGGUCACAUUAUUCGCGCUGCACGUGUAAAAUUUGUUUUUACUCACCGCUGCCGAAAUUUGUUAAUUUUAAUUUCCAGCCCAAAUCCUGGAGAAAAUAGUUUGUCGCAAUGAAGUGGACUACUGCGAAUUUAAAGCACGCUAACUACACGGCAAAGCAUGAACUGUAUGUGGGAACGCACACGGGCUCCUUCAAACACUUGGUGCCCGCUUCGGAAAAGUCUCCGCAUGGACAAAGUAACUUGAGCGACCUGGUUGCCUUGGACAAGGAUUCUCGCGUCACAUCGCUGGGCUUUGGCAACGAGGCUCAGACCGAAAUCCUGCUCGGUCGCGCCAAGAACACCGUUGAGCUGCACUCCUUUGCAGAGGGAAAGAGCUCCAGGAAGUCGGUGUCCUUCACUGCCGCACCAAUCGUGGGCUUGGCCCGGUACAAUGACAAGCUGAUUGCCGGCAUUGGCAACGGCCAGAUUCAGAGUCUGGAGCUGGAGGCGGACGAGGAAGCCGAACCUGUGGUCAUCACCGCCGGCAAUCAAAUCGACCACCUGCGUCAGUGUGCGCAGGUGAGGAACAUUGUGGCCACCGGCGGAAAGGAGCGGCAGAACAAUCUGAAGGUCUACGACCUGAGCAGCGACGGCAAGCAGAUCUUCAGUUCCAAGAACCUGCCAAACGACUAUCUGCAGUUGGAGGUGCCCGUCUGGGACAGCGACAUCGGCUUCGUGGAUGGGCCCAGUGUGCUGGCCACCUGCUCGCGCACCGGCUACGUUCGCCUCUACGAUACGCGCAAGCAGCGCCGUCCAGUUGCCUGCUUUGCCAGCGAGGAGCACGGAAUGAGUUUCACGACGUUGGUGGCGCGGGGAAACUUCAUUUACACAGGCACCACAAUGGGCGCUCUGAAGGCCUUUGACACACGACGCAUGAAGACCCAUGUGCAUACCUAUAAGGGAUUCACCGGCGGGAUCAGUGACCUUCAUCUGGAUGCCACCGGUCGGUAUCUGAGCUCGGCCAGCCUAGACCGAUAUGUACGCAUCCACGACGCUGAAUCCACAGUGCUGCUCUACCAAUGCUACGUCAAAUCGAAGGCCACCAAAAUCCUAAUCCGUCAGCUGGAAAACGAGCCACAGGACAGUGAGCAGCCCGAAGAGGACGCAGAUCUGGAAGUGGAUAACAACGUAAAGGAAAACAAGAGCCUUAAGGCAACACCGGUAGACAAUGAGUACGAGGAUUUGUUUGACCAGAUGCCCACUGUGGGCGACAGCGACAAUGAGUCUGAAGGAGAUGAGGAGACAACUACCAAGCAAUCAAAGACCAAGCUGAAACGAAAGUCUCUCAAUCAGUCUUUGAAAACAAAAAAGAAAAAGUUGUAAAUAGUUAAAGCUUAAUCUGUUUACUUGUUAAUAAGUAGCCUAAAGUAAAAAAUAAAAUAUUAAGGUUUAAUAAUAGAAAA